GCAUGCGUCAUUGUGUGUGAGCGUGUGAGAGAGAAACAGAGCGAGGGAUGACAUAAUCCAGACCCAGAGGAAGAAGAGAGGACCAAGGGAAGACAGGCAGAGGAGAAGGAAAGCACACUGAAGAACAAGACAAAGAACAGAGGGACCUACACUAGACCUCCACUACUACUAUCUACUACUACUACAAAGUACUACUACUACUAAGUACUACUACUACUACUACUACUACUACUACACGUAACAUGUCUCAGAUGGAGGAUGGCGACGAGCAGGUGCAGCGUCCUGAGGUGCGGGAGGAAGACCUCCUGGAAGCGAGGGACCAACUGAGCGAGAAGAAGGAAGUGAAGAGCAAGACCUUUGAAGUGAUGGAGGAGUGUGAACGUGCUGGCAAAGCAGCCCCUUCAGUGUUCAGUAAAAAUCGCUCAGGGAAGGAGACGGCGUUCAACAGCAAACCAGGCAAGAAGUAACACCCCCAGACUCAGAGUACCUUUUGGCCUGCUUCGCACAUGUUUACCAACCACCAGCAACAACUACCCGUUUCACGCACUCCCAUCUGUACACACUACUAGAAGAUGAAUAGCCAGAAUGGAAAUGUGUGGAAAGUAGCGUUUGUGUUUACAUAAGGGCUAAAUAAAUAAAGGUUUAACUUCCUCCAAUACCGUUGUUGUCACCAUGUUGGCACUGAAUGAAUUUACGGGGAUAAAGACAAGUACUUCAAGUGCUUGUUUACAAAUACUACCAGCUAUUUGCUGGGCUCUUCUAAAUUCUCAUGUAUGGCAUGCUAAUGGGUUUUUGUAAAAAAGAUCAAGUUCGUUUACAACUAGUCUUGACAAUGAAAAUACACAACAUGGGCCCUUUGGUACAAUAGUUUUCUUCAGAAUGCAUUCUUUCCACAGUACAAUCCUGGCAUCUGAGGUGGAAGCAGCAGUUAAGUCAUUUUCUGCGCAUUUACAACAGGCACUCUGACAAAUAGUAAUUAAUAAUUAAAUAAUACCAGUAGCCUACUUAGUCAUAUGAAAGUCUAUAUUUUGCUUCAGUAUACCACUCUGGUCAGGCAAGUAAAUAUUCACGAAUAAGACCACAAUUGUGUUUUUUUUUUUUUUAAACCCACUUUUUUUUAUACACUUUGGAAAUAACCUACUAAAAUUACACACUAUACUCGAAGUGUUGAUCAAACUA